ACGUAGGCUUUUCCGCUAUGUAGCAACCGUAGCUAACUGCGGUACGGUGCGUCGUGUGAGACACUAAUAAAAACAAAGUUUAUCCCGAGCGCGGGUGUGUUCAGCUGAAGUAGAUACUCCUGUGUUGUUUUAUGUCUCUUUAUCUCACAUAACCGGCAGAGGUACGGGAGAAACAUGUGUCUUUAAAAUUGAAUUUUAGUUAACGUAUCUUACGUGUUUACAGCUAACGUCUCGCUCACUCUGCCAGACUGAACUGUCGCAGGUCAACAAGCUACAUGUAUGUAGCAUUCAGCACAUCCGAGCGGGAUUAAACCCAAGCUUACGAGAUCCGAAGAGAAAUCACACGAGGAUGUCGGACUCUGACAGUGACGAGGACCAAGAUCGCCCUUUCUCCAUCACUGGCUUCCUCUUUGGAAACAUCAACGAAGAUGGGCAGCUAGAGGACGACAGUGUUCUGGAUAAUGAAUCCAAAAAGCAUUUAGCUGGUUUGGGUACCCUGGGUCUGGGCUCACUCAUCACAGAGAUUACAGCUAAUGAAGAUGACGAUCAAGUGGAAAACAGAGACUGUGGUAGUGUGGAUGCUGAGGGUUGGGUGAAAAACAAUGACGAUGCAGUUGAUUAUUCUGACAUCAGUGAGGUUGCAGAGGAUGAGACAAAGAAGUACCGUCAGGCCAUGGGGUCUCUCCAGCCCAGCAGGAAAACAGAUGAUGAGGAUGACUAUGAUGCCGACUGUGAAGAUAUCGACUCUAAACUUAUGCCUCCUCCACCACCACCAACUCUUUCAAUACCUGUUAAGAAAGAUGAACCAUCCUCUCAGAGCCCAAGUGUCGGGGAAGAGGGUGAUGGCAUCAUCCUGCCCUCCAUCAUUGCGCCAUCAUCUCUGGCUGAUAAGGUUGACUUCAGCAGCUCCUCAGACUCUGAGUCAGAAAGUGAUCGUCCUUGCCAGGGUUCCAGGGCUGGAGGAUCCCCAAACAUGCUUACCCUCCCACUUGCUGGUAUCAUGCAGAAGGACGCUGCCAAAGCACUCCCAGGUGUCACAGAGCUCUUCCCAGAGUUUAGGCCUGGAAGGGUGCUUAGAUUCUUACGACUGUUUGGUCCUGGAAAGAGCAUGCCAUCCGUUUGGAGGAGUGCCCGCAGGAAGAAGAAGCGGAAGCACAGAGACCCUCAGCCUGGGACGCCUCCUCCAGAAGGAGAGCCCACAGAGGAGAGCCAGGAGAAGAAGUCCGGGUGGAUUUAUGAGUACGCCCUCCCUCCACCUCCAGAGCAGUGUCUCUCUGAUGAUGAGAUAACCAUGAUGGCUCCUGUAGAAUCUAAGUUCUCACAGACUUGUGGUGAUGGGGACAAGGAGACGGAGUCUCGGCCUAAAGUAGCAGAAUGGAGAUACGGUCCGGCCCAGCUCUGGUACGACAUGCUCGGCGUCCCAGAGGACGGAAGUAAUUUCAACUAUGGGCUCAAGCUAAAAGAAGAGCAGUCCAGUGAGGCUCAGCAGCAGGAUACACCUAAAGAUAUUACAAAGACUACUCAGGAGUUUCAGAGGCAGGACGAUGAUGGUGAAAAUGAUGAUAAUGAUGACAGAGAUAAAGACAGAGCGGACCUUGAGAACGAAGUCUUCCUGAUGGUCACUCAGCUACAAUGGGAGGACGAUAUUAUCUGGAAUGGGGAGGACAUAAAACACAAGGGCACCAAGACUCAGCGAGCCAGCCUGGCGGGAUGGCUUCCCUCUAGUAUGACCCGCAAUGCCAAUGCUUACAAUGCUCAGCAGGGCCUGACGAGAAGUAAUUCGCUGUUGGUUCCACCUGCGCCUCCACCCAUGCCCAAAGUAUCUUCAAUCUCUGGCUCCAAGCGGGAAAAAAACAGCCAUGAUAAUCACGCCCCACAUGAAGAAGAUUCUCCCUGGUUCUCAAUUUUUCCAAUUGACAGUGAAGAGUUGGUGUACGGACGCUGGGAAGACAACAUUAUCUGGGAUGACCAGGAGAUGGAUCACAUGCUCGCACCACCAGUUCUAACGCUGGAUCCUAAUGAUGAGAAUAUUAUUCUCGAGAUUCCAGAUGAAAAGGAGGCAGCAACGUCCCACUCCCCAUCAAAAGAAAAUAAAAAGGAAACAGCCUUGAAAAAGAGUCGCAUCCUGCUAGGGAAGACUGGGGUGAUAAAAGACGAACCACAGCAGAACAUGUCCCAGCCUGAGGUGAAGGACCCCUGGAACCUCUCCAAUGACGAGUUCUACUAUCCUAAACAGCAGGGCCUGAGGGGGACCUUCGGUGGAAACAUCAUUCAGCACUCCAUCCCAGCUCUUGAGCUCAGGCAACCCUUCUUCCCCACUCAUAUGGGGCCCAUGAAGCUACGCCAGUUCCAUCGGCCGGCUCUGAAGAAGUACUCGUUUGGAGCAUUGGCUCAGCCCGGUCCCCACGCUGUCCAGCCCCUGCUCAAACACAUCAAGAAGAAGGCCAAGAUGAGAGAGCAGGAACGGCAGGCGUCAGGAGGAGGAGACAUGUUCUUCAUGCGAACCCCGCAAGACUUGACAGGCAAAGAUGGAGAUCUGAUCCUGGCAGAGUACAGUGAAGAAUAUGCCCCUCUCAUCAUGCAAGUAGGCAUGGCAACAAAGAUCAAAAACUACUACAAAAGGAAACCUGGAAAGGAUCCCGGAGCACCCGACUGUAAAUAUGGAGAGACUGUGUACUGCCACACAUCCCCUUUCCUGGGUUCUCUACAUCCUGGACAGCUGCUCCAGGCUUUUGAAAACAAUCUUUUCCGUGCUCCGAUCUACCUGCAUAAAAUGCCAGAGACAGAUUUCUUGGUUCUCCGAACGCGACACGGCUACUACAUCAGAGAGAUUGUGGACAUUAUUGUGGUUGGUCAAGAGUGCCCCUUGUUUGAGGUUCCUGGGCCCAACUCCAAACGAGCCAAUACCCACAUCAGAGAUUUCCUCCAGGUGUUCAUUUACCGCCUGUUCUGGAAGAGCAAGGAUCGGCCCCGAAGAAUCCGCAUGGAGGAUAUAAAGAAAGCUUUUCCCUCGCAUUCGGAGAGUAGCAUCAGGAAACGCCUAAAACUCUGUGCUGACUUCAAACGUACAGACAGGAAUCUGAACAGGGAAAGAGAUUUUAACGGCUACUAUGGAUAUAAUCCUGAAGGGAUGGACUCAAACUGGUGGGUGCUGAAGCCCGACUUCAGAUUGCCUACAGAAGAAGAGAUCAGAGCCAUGGUGUCUCCAGAGCAGUGUUGCGCUUACUAUAGUAUGAUGGUGGCAGAGCAGAGACUCAAGGAUGCUGGAUAUGGUGAGAAAUCUUUCUUUGCUCCAGAGGAGGAGAAUGAAGAGGACUUCCAAAUGAAGAUUGAUGAUGAGGUGCGGACAGCUCCAUGGAACACGACAAGAGCCUUCAUUUCUGCCAUGAAGGGGAAAUGCCUGUUGGAGGUUAUGGGCGUGGCUGAUCCUACAGGCUGUGGAGAGGGUUUCUCCUAUGUCAAAGUGCCCAACAAGCCUACGCAACAAAAGGAUGACAAAGAGCCACAACCUGCCAAAAAGACAGUGACGGGGACAGAUGCCGACCUGAGGAGACUCUCACUGAAAAAUGCCAAACAGCUGCUGCGCAAGUUUGGAGUUCCAGAGGAAGAAAUCAAGAAGCUCUCUCGCUGGGAGGUGAUUGACGUGGUGAGGACCAUGUCCACAGAGCAGGCACGUUCAGGUGAGGGACCCAUGAGCAAAUUUGCCAGAGGGUCUCGUUUCUCUGUUGCCGAGCACCAGGAGCGCUACAAGGAGGAGUGCCAGAGGAUCUUUGACCUGCAGAACAAGGUAUUGGAAUCGACAGAAGUGCUCUCCACAGACACAGACAGCAGCUCCGCAGAGGACAGUGACUUUGAGGAGAUGGGGAAGAACAUCGAGAACAUGCUGCAGAACAAGAAGACCAGCUCCCAGCUUUCCCGUGAGAGGGAGGAGCAGGAGAGGAAGGAACUGCAGAGGAUGCUAAUGGGCGAGGAGAGUGACCGCGACAACAAAGGGCGCAAGGAGCGGCGCAAAGGCUUGUCCAGUUCCUUGUCCACCAGCUCGCAUAAGGACGACGACACGUCCUCCGUCACAAGCCUCAACUCCUCGGCCACAGGAAGGCGACUUAAGAUCUACCGCACCUUCCAGGAUGAGGAUGGCAAGGAAUAUGUCCGCUGUGAGACGGUGCGCAAGGCUUCAGUCAUUGAUGCCUACACCAGGAUCAGAGCCACCAAGGAUGAUGAAUUCAUACGAAAGUUUGCCCUCUUCGAUGAGCAGCACAGAGAAGAGAUGAGGAAGGAGCGCAGACGUAUUCAGGAGCAGUUGAGGAGACUGAAGAGAAACCAAGAGAAGGACAAGAUCAAGGGGCCCCCAGAGAAGAAGGCCAAGAAGGUCAAAGAGAGGCCAGACCUCAAGGUAAAACUAAAGUGCGGCGCAUGUGGAGCCAUAGGACACAUGAGGACCAACAAGUUCUGCCCGCUGUACUAUCAAACCAACGCCCCGCCUUCGAACCCAGUUGCCAUGACAGAGGAGCAAGAGGAGGAGCUGGAAAAGACUGUUAUCCACAACGACAAUGAGGAACUGAUCAAGGUGGAGGGCACCAAGAUCGUACUGGGCAAACAGCUCAUUGAGAGUGCUGAUGAGGUGCGCAGGAAGUCUUUAGUGCUCAAGUUCCCCAAACAACAGCUGCCGGCGAAGAAGAAGAGACGUGUCGGCAGCGCUGUGCACUGUGACUAUCUUAAUAAACCACACAAGGCCAUCCACCGCAGACGCACCGACCCCAUGGUGACCUUGUCCUCUGUGCUCGAGAGCGUCAUCAAUGACAUGCGGGAUCACCCCAACACGUACCCGUUCCACACACCAGUAAAUGCCAAGGUUGUGAAGGACUACUACAAGAUCAUCACUCGGCCCAUGGACCUGCAGACGCUGAGGGAGAAUGUACGAAAGCGAAUGUAUCCGUCACGGGAGGAGUUUCGUGAAGCAGUGGAGGUUAUCGUCAAAAACAGCGCCACCUACAAUGGGGCAAAGCAUCCGAUAACACAGGUAGCACAGUCGAUGCUGGACCUGUGUGACAUGAAACUGAAAGAGGAGGACAGGCUGGUGAGGCUGGAGAAAGCCAUCAACCCCCUGCUGGAUGAUGAUGAUCAGGUGGCCUUCUCGUUCAUCCUUGACAACAUCGUGACCCAGAAAAUGAUGGUUGUUCUCGAUUCAUGGCCGUUCCAUCAUCCUGUCAACAAAAAGUUUGUGCCCGAUUAUUACAAGGUGAUCGUUAGCCCCAUGGAUCUGGAGUCCAUCCGCAAGUACAUCUCCAAACACAAAUACCAGAAUCGAGAUAACUUCCUCUCAGACAUCAGUCUGAUCCACGCCAACAGUAUCAAGUACAAUGGCCCAGAUAGUCCUUACACCAAGACGGCCCUGGAGAUUGUCAAUGUGUGCAAGCAGACCUUGGCAGAGUAUGAUGAGCACUUGACUCAGUUGGAGAAGGACAUCUCGACCGCUAAAGAGGCUGCUCUUGACGCUGCCGACUUGGAGUGUCUGGACCCGAUGACUCCUGGACCAUAUACGCCACAGCCUGCUGAUCUGUUUGACAGCAGGGCUUCAGGGAGUCUGCCCAGAGAGCCCAGCAGCCUUUUCUCUGAGGGACCUCUAGUGGUUGCUUCAGAGAAGAGAGCGGGGCAGGGACGCCACAGCAGACGACCUGGGGAGGAGGAGUCGGAUGUUGACAUUGAAGGCUUUGAGGAGGAAGAUGAUGGCAAACCUAAGACUCCUGCUCCUGCGGAGGAUGGAGACGGAGAUCUGGAGGACGAAGACGACGAAGAGAUGUUGCUGCCGCCUCGCAGACGGCUGCACGACCAUGAGGAUGAAGAAGAGGAGGAAGACGAUGAGGGAGAGCACGGAAGGUCCAACCGCCCUGCCCAAGCCAGUGUGUUGUACCAGGACCUGCUCAUGUCCGACGGAGAGGAUGACGCCAGCGAAGAGGAGGGUGACAACCCUUUCUCCGCCAUCCACCUGUCAGAGAGCGGUAGUGACUCUGACAGAGAGCUGGAUGUGCGACCUCCACCUCCACGGAGAGCUCAAGAGACCGCACGCAUGGGGAUGGAGCAGGACGAGAGCAUGAUGUCAUACGAUGGGGACGGGCCUGACGAGCCGCACAUGGAAGACAGCAUCGUCAGGUACUACAGGCCACGUUACGGCAGCUAUGAGGAGACAGAGAGCCGGAGUCAGAUGCAGCCGUUGAACAUGGGAAACGGAGAAGAAUACGGUAUCAGUGAGGAGGAGGAGGAAGACGAAGAAGACGAAGCACGGAGGAGAGCUCCAGCUGUGCUCUCUCAGGUCCAACUUAGUGAAGACGAGGAGAGUGAAGAGUUCAGAUCUAUCGGGGGAGACAGCGACAUGGACUCUGACAACUAGUGAACCUUUUUUUACACAAAGUAUCAAGAAAACAAAUUGAUUCUACAUCAAGAAAUUGAGAUUUCUCAGGUGAAUAUAUUGUACAUUUUUUAAAUAUUUUGUAAAUUAUGGUUUGUGUUUAUAGCUUCCUUAUGUACCGUUAGCUCUGAACCUUUUGGGUACAUUUCUGUUUACCUUUUUAUAUGUUGACUGAUGUGCACAAUGAUACAUCUUGACAUUGAAGUGUAUGUUCAGUUGUAAACUAAUUUCAUAUCCUGCGGUCACAAAAAGUUCAGCAACUCUGUUGCCAACUUGAAAAAUAGAAUAAACAUGCAAAAAAAUGUA